AUGGACUCUGCAAGACCUGAAGCUAAAACCACCAUCCACAUGAUCUCGGAGAAAACAGGAUUUGUUGGACCAGUGAAGCGUCUGUUGCUCUGUUGUCCAGUUUUGAUGCCUCUGUGCCUGCAGCAGGACAAGAGAUGCAUAGGGAGCCACGGUGAGAUGACUGAGGUGUUUGCAGAAAUUGACACAGAAGCGGUGCUGCCAUGUGAUGUUUACUCCCCAUGGCACCAGUCCCCUGCUGUCGCCUGGAAAAAGAUUACCGGACAUGGGUCAGAAAGGACAGUGUGGCGCAGGAGCAAGAGCGGCCUUGAAUUUCGGCCCCCGGGACCAAAUCAACGUGCUUACUGUCCCCAUCCGAAUUUCGGAGAGGCCAAUUACAGCCUUCAUAUUGAGAGGACAAGGGACGAGGAUGCAGGACUUUAUCGCUGCUUGGUCGGGGAAACCGGACGAAAAGUCAAGGAUGUGAUGCUUAAAGUUGUCAAAGUAUUGUUUACACCAGCUAAGGUGGUCGAGGGUGAAUGUCUGACCGUGACCUGCGUUGUUACUCCGAUGCUGCGUGGCAGUAUGACGUUAGAACUGAACGGCUCCCUGAAGAGCAGAACAUCCAGACAUGUGAUAAAUAAAGUGUCUCAGAGUGACUCAGGAACCUGGAGUUGUCUGAUUAAAGGCAGUCAAGCACAAGCAUCGGCUUCCCUGCAAGUCAAAGGAAUUGUGGUACCUGUGGAUAACCGUGCGGUGGUGUAUGCAGAGGUGGGCUCUCCCAUAACUCUGCCCUGCAUCUUCUCCAAAGGUUUAAUUCCUUACAGCUUCUCCUGGAAGAGGGAAUCUGGAGAAACUGGCCUACCCCCUGUUUUAUUUAACUCCUCCAGCCCGGACUCCUCUGUGCAGUGGGAUGGGUCAGUUCACAUUAAGAGCGUACAGGAGGAAGAUAAAGGCGUGUACCGGUGUUCAGGAAAUGUGAAGGGUGCUAAUGGAAGAAGCAUGACCAUAGAGAGAACCAUGCAGCUAGUCACUGCUCUUGUUCGGAGUUCAUACAAAAAUGACAGACUGACUCUGUCCUGCCUCAUAAGCAGUGCCGACCUGGUCACAGAAUACGAGUGGAUCUAUUUAAGCUAUGGUGUGAACGACACUCAGACGAUGACCCCGGUCCAGAGGUCUACAUCAAAUGUGCUGAUCAUCUCAAGAGCCGAUGAGAAACCCCCCGGAGCCUGGGUGUGUCGUUACUAUAACGAAAAGCAGCUUCUGGGAAAUGUAACUCACCCCCUGCAAAUGAUGAGUGGUCUGGAGGGACAUGAGAAAUCUGGAAAUGGUUCCAAAGUGGCCAUAAUCAUGUGCGUCUGCUUCCUGCUACUGCUGUUGCCCCUGAUUUUGCUGCAGAUGUACAAAAACCAUCGCAGGAGAAAAAUGAUCCUGCAGUAUCCGGCUAUGGAAACCAUCGUUCACCAAGCUGCUACUAAACGAGAAUUUCAAGAGAGAAGCAAAGCGAGUGAAAAAGCUAAAAACGCUCCCCGUGGAGAAGAUUCUAGUGCUGCGUGUGUGUGAAUCCUUUCAUGGCUCGUCUGGUUUCAAUCUGUUGGGUUGCUUGGUCAUUUAUACUCUAUGUCUCUGUGUGUGUGCGUGUGUAUAUGUGUAAAAAGAAAAUGACAAUUGCAGGCAAUUGUAUCAUGUAUAUAAAUGUAAAAUACACAUGUAU